AUGAGACCACCAAAUUCUUCACUGAGAAGGCUUAAGCCUUAUAUAUGUCAAGCUUGUACGAGGCGUAUAAGAGGUUUCGCCACGACUUCUUCGUAUUAUAGCAACACUUCCCCUUCGACUUCGAAUUCAACUACAAACGCACGUCCAGAUGUUUAUGAUGUGGUAUGUGUGGGUGGUGGCCCUGCUGGCUUAAGUCUAGUUGCUGCUUUGCGCGCAAACCCCCUCACUCGCAAUCUCCGUCUCGCCCUAAUCGAACCACAAUCCCUUUCCAAAUCGCUCAAUUGGAAACUUAAGGAGGGGGAAUAUUCAAAUAGAUGUAGUAGUUUGACGCCGAAGAGUGUGAGGUUUCUUCAGGAGAUUGGGACUUGGGAACUGGUCGAGCGGCAGAGGGUACAGGGGUAUGGGGGCAUGCAGGUUUGGGAUGGGGUUAGUGGGGGGAGGAUUGAGUUUGAUGUUGAGGAAGGGCAGGGGGCAGUGCAGGAUAAUACUGCUGAGGGGAAGGUAGUGGCUUAUAUGAAUGAGAAUGCGAAUUUGGUGAGGGGGUUACUGCGGAGGAUAGAGGGGUUAGGAGGGGUUGAUGUUUUGGAGGGGAAGGUUGCGAAUAUUGAGUUGGGACAAGAAACAGAAGAGGGUGAUUUUUCUGGCUGGCCAAUUGUGAAGGUUGAAGGACAAGAGAAAAGUCUCGCCGCGAGAUUACUGGUCGGUGCAGAUGGGCAAAAUUCCCCCGUGAGGAAAUUCGCGGGAAUAGAGAGUCGAGGGUGGGAUUAUGGUCGCGUGGGUGUAGUAGCGACAUUGGAAUUGGAAGCACGGCAUGAAGUGGGCAAGAUCGCAUAUCAAAGAUUCUUACCUACAGGUCCCGUAGCCAUGCUACCUCUCCCAGGAAACUACGCAACAUUAGUUUGGAGCACCACACCGGAGAAUGCCUCUGUUCUGAAAACAUUGAGUCUGAGAGAUUUCAUCGCUAUGGUUAAUGCAGCGUUCCGAUUAAGCACUGUGGAUUUAAAAUAUAUGCAUACUCAACCCUCAGGCCAAGCAGAAGAAGUAUCAUGGCGUCUCGGACAUACACCCAUCUCCGACUCCGUCCCCGCUCCAGUAACCGGCGUCCAGGAAAAUAGCAUCGCUUCCUUCCCCUUGAAAAUGCGCCACGCAGAUACAUACAUCGGGGAACGCAUCGCCCUCGUCGGAGAUGCCGCACAUACUAUUCAUCCGCUAGCAGGCCAGGGACUUAAUCAAGGACAAGGAGAUGUCGAGAGUUUAGUGAAGAGUAUCGGUUAUGCGGUAGAACAUGGUAUGGAUAUUGGGGUGCGCAUGAGUUUGGAGGGGUAUAAUUCCGAGAGGUAUAUGCAGAAUCAUGUGUUACUGGGAGUGGUGGAUAAAUUGCAUAAGCUGUAUAGUGUGGAGAGCGGGCCGGUGGUUUGGGGGAGGACGCUGGGUUUGAGGGCUGUGGAUGCGAUGGGGCCGUUGAAGAAAUUCUUGAUGGGUCAGGCGGCGGGGACUGGGGCGAAGAUUUUGUAG